GACCAUUGUCAGUGUGAAUUGGUGUAUUUAAUGCUUGGAGUGAAUCUUUUCAGUACUAUUCAUAUCAAGUCAGGCAAUUUGCAGCAACUCAACUCAUGUCAUCAUCCAUCGUCAGAUUAGCCUCAUUGGCGCCAACAGCCAGCCGUCUUGGUUCGAGACUCGCUAUUUCGUCCAUGGGCGUCCGUGCCCAACCACUGCUUGCUAGGUCCUUGAUUACUACUACACAACCUUGGAUACUCUCUGCUCGUAGCAAACCCUCAUCCCUGCUCUCUCAGCCAUGGAAUAAGACUGUCCAUAACCAAGCCCAUGUUGCAGAGCAGCCCACAGAUCCAGCCAACAUGGAAAAGCUUGUUGGACGACACCAUCCCUUGCCUAUCCGGUCAGAGUUUGUUGGUAGUACUCCUAUUGAUACCGCUACCUUGGAAAAGAUCGAAGUAGGCGCAGGUCUUCAUCGCAUUCCAGUGUCCAUCUCUGACUGGACUGCGUAUGGCAUCGUGCGUUUCUUGCGUUUCUUUGCAGAUCUGUUCUUUAGAAAGCAAUAUGUCCAUAGGGCAGUAGUCUUGGAGACAGUUGCUGCUGUGCCUGGAAUGGUUGCUGGCAUGCUACGUCAUCUAACUAGCUUGCGACUGAUGCGACAUGAUGGAGGCUGGAUCUCACACCUUCUUUCUGAGGCAGAGAACGAGCGUCUGCAUCUCCUGACCUGGAUGAAAGUGUGCCAACCCUCUCUUUUCGAACGCAUGCUUGUUGCCCUUGUACAGACCUUGUUCUUCAAUGUGUACUUUUUGGCUUAUAUGCUUUUUCCUAAAACGGCUCAUCGCAUGGUAGGCUAUCUUGAGGAAGAAGCCAUCAUUUCGUACACUCAUUUCCUAGCUGAAAUCGAUGCUGGAAAUAUCCCCAACGGACCCGCUCCAAAACUCGCUAUAGACUAUUGGAACUUGAAAGAAGAUGCUACAGUCCGUGAUGUUGUGCUGGCUGUUCGUGCAGAUGAAGCCAACCACCGAGAUAUGAACCAUCAUUUUGCUGAUCGGAUUGUUAUCCACCAAGAAGAUCUGAGGCAUAUGGUUACUGCAGACUCGCUUAAACCCAUUGUGAAGCUAUCCAAGGUGGAUAUCAAGUCAGAUUAGUUGACACCAUGGGCUCAGAACCUCAUUUCAAGCUACUGGAUUCUUGAUUUAUCUCUGCAAUACAGUUCAAGUAAUAAACAUUUAUUAUUUGCAAAGAGCC